GGCUCCAUGGAAAUGGAAGAGCUUGCAUUAUUAAGCUUCCAACAAUACCUGAUUGCUGCUUAUAACAAACAAAAGCUAAUAAUAUUUUUAAGCAUGUCAAGUCAAACCCCUUAGCUAAUUACAAUUAUGAAUCGUUUACCCAAUUUUCAAAUCACUGUGUUAUUGUUUUUAUUAUCUUCAUUGUUACUUUUCCAAGUGACAGGAAUCAACCCACUAAUGAUUAAAACUAGAGACAAUAAAGAACAAAUUAUGACUAUUUGAAUCUUUCUUUUUAAGCAAUAUAAUUCUCCACCUAUGGAGUAUAGGCUAGCUCGCUAUAGACAAAUUAGUAGCCAAACAUGUCUGUAUCUAAGGCCUCAGUGGAACUCCCCAUUUUAGACAUUUCUCAGCCAUUGUCUCCUUCUUCCCUUUCUUUGCUAGCUGAUGCUUGCAGAAAAUGGGGCUUUUUCCAUAUCAAAAACCAUGGAAUCUCCAAAGAUAUCUACAACAAACUCCAUUCCUUCUCCAAUGAAAUUUUCAGCCUCCCUUCUGAAACCAAGCUCAAAAUUGGCCCUCUCUCUUCUUUGAACACUUACACUCCCCAUUUCAUAGCCUCCCCGUUCUUUGAAACUCUCAGAGUCUCUGGUCCUAACUUCUUAGCAUCUGCUCAGAGUUCAGCAGAUUUCCUCUUUAACCAAAAGAGCCCUCACCAGUUCAGUGAGAUAUUGCAAGACUAUGGAGACAAAAUGACAGAGCUAUCAAGGAAGAUUAUAAAGAACAUAUUGAUGAGCUUAGGAGAAGGUUUUGAUACCACAUACCAUGAAUCUCAUUUCAAGAAUUGCCAUGGAUAUCUGAGAAUAAACAAUUACACACCUCCAGAAACCUUGGGAGAAGAUGAAGAACCAGAAGGACUUGGAAUGCACACGGAUAUGAGCUGCGUGACCAUUGUGUACCAAGAUCAAACAGGAGGUCUGCAAGUGAAAUCAAGCGCAGGGGAUUGGGUCGAUAUAGCCCCAUGUGAUGAAUCCGAAUCCGAAGCUCUUGUGGUGAAUAUUGGCGAUCUUCUUCAAGCUUGGAGCAACGACAAGCUUAGGUCGUCUGAGCACAGAGUGGUUUUGCGGCGGCCGGCGAUCAAUCGGUUCUCGAUUGCAUUCUUCUGGGGGUUUGAGGACGAGAAGGUCGUGUCGGCGCCGGAGGAAGUGGUCGGCGACGGCGGUAAGAAACUGUAUAAGCCAUUUGUUUGCUCGGAUUACCUGAAGUUCAGGGAGAAUGACGAAAGAGGGAAAUUUGAAAAGGUUGGUUUCACUGUGAGAGAUUUUGCUGGGAAUGCGAUUACGAAGGAUUUUGAAGAAAAAUAAAUUUUUAUUUUGUAUUGCAAUUUUAU